CUCGCAGGCAGGAGAGAGAGAGAGAGAGAGAGAGAGAGAGAGAGAGAGAGAGAGAGGAGAGAGAAGAAAGACGGGCUUUUUGUAACACGCGCUAUUCCGCGUUUUUAGACAGAAAGCCUCUCCUCAGAGGAAGCAGACGACCUUGUCGGAAGAGGACGCUAUCCGUUUGUACCCGGGCCGCCUGCCUAAAGACGAGUCUUCUCAUAAACAUGCCUUCAGAGAAGACGUUCAAACAAAGGAGGACGUUCGAACAAAGAGUGGACGAUGUUAAACAGAUCCGAGAGCAGCACCCAAACAAAAUCCCGGUCAUCAUUGAGAGGUACAAGGGUGAGAAGCAGCUCCCCAUUCUGGACAAAACAAAGUUUUUGGUUCCUGACCACGUGAACAUGAGUGAACUCAUUAAGAUCAUCAGGAGGCGCCUGCAGCUGAACUCCAACCAGGCCUUCUUCCUGCUCGUGAACGGGCACAGCAUGGUGUCCGUUUCCACGGCCAUUUCCGAGGUCUACGAGCGCGAGAGAGACGAAGAUGGCUUCCUGUACAUGGUGUACGCUUCCCAGGAGACUUUUGGAACGGCGGCCUCGCAGUAAAACGCCUACAGGCUCUUUCUUCUGGACAAUAAUACAACCCCCACCCCCACCCUCUACCCCUCUGCCCUUUUCCGCCAUAGACCACCUCCACACAUACGCAGAUAGGGCCACAGGAGCUAGACCUGUUGUCCUUUUUUGGCUGGCCCUGUUGCCCCCAGCCUUUAUCAGAUCCUAGAUUUCAUUCCUUUUAAACCCGGCCUCCCUUACUGAUGUCUUUGGUUAUUACGGAUCAAAAAGGGGUCUUUUUGUUUGAGUAGACUGAGAUCAUCCUUUGGUUGUAGGACAGAUUGCGCGAACGAUCAGCUAAAGGGUGGCGAAAGCUUGAAAGAAAGAGAGGCUGCAUGUAAACAAGGGGUUUGUUUGCAAAUGGGGUUAGUUUUAUUUCCUUUUCCCGGAGCAGAUCGGUGCGUUUCUCGGCACGCCGCCAUCAGCACAAGAGCGUUUACCGAAACGGUUCGUGUCAGUUCAUGAAUGCGGUCCAAAAUCGAAACGAAUCAGACACAUCAAAUCUGCUCGGACGCCUCCGGUUUGUUUUUAACCUGGAAGAUCUUAAAGCUUAAACAUGAGCGGUUUGAUAACGUAAACAUAGUUCAAGCGCUCCGAGUUUCGAGGCUCUGUCGGACUGCGUGACUCAAUAAAUCCCAUAUCCUGACAUAAUUUAUUUCAUUUUCUGACUUAAGAGUAGUUUAUCAGCGUGUUCCAGCCUGAAUUUAGAUCUCGUUUCUUCUCAGAUCACUCAGAGGUGGAGUUGUAAGUCAUUUGGAGUCCUGUUCCCAAAGGCAUGUCGUUCGGGAACGGGACGGGCCUCCGUUACCUCGCUCAAUUUAGAACAGACUGCUUGUUGCUGAUAAACCAAACCUUAUCCGAAGAGUUUAGCGAUUCUGCCUUUCUUUUCUCCUCUCCUGCUGUCUUCAGGAGGGCUGUGGGUGUUGAGUAUUUUGGCUCCACAACCCAAGAAAGCAAAAAAAAAAUGUUUCCCCCCUCUUUAACUUUCCUAAGUCACUCAGAUGUAGGACAAAAGAGGACAAUGCUGAGCUAUCAAGAACCUUAUGAUUGUAGUGCAAAGCUUUUUAAUGCAGAUAUAGAAAAAAUAAAGGAGAAUAUCAGUCAUGAAAACGAGCCAAGCUGCAUAGGAAAAGAGCAUAAGUGAAUGGAUGAAUGUUGUUUUGCAAAAAAAACAAACAAAAAAAACAAAACAAAAACCAACGCUGUGGGUGGUUUGCCGCUCGCCUGUGUCGAGACAUGCAGGAAGCCACCUAUUUUAGAUGGACACGUCACUUUAGCAGGUGUAGGCAGCCCUGAGUUUGGGCUCAAACGGCUCCGAAACCCCUGCUUCUCUUCUGGUGCACGCUUUUAGAGUUCCGGAUUUUAAUAGAGAGGUUUAUUUACGCCUUUAUAAACGCAUAUGUGUGCUACUGUACGCCAACGUCAGUAUGUCUUACAGGUAAUUGUACAACGAAAAAAAGUUUAGAUGCCUUUUAUCCUGAGCAUUUGCAUUUAGCUUAAUCGUCUUGUUUUAUUUAAAGAGAUGUUUCCUUGUAAAAGAAAAAAAACAAAGUUCAUAUGCUUAUACGUAUGUGUGAUGAACAAACUAAAUAAAUAAAUAAAUAAAUAAA